UUAAACGAGAGUUUUCAUUGGUUUAUUACAAAGUAACCAAUCAAGACUGCUGAACUAUUGCAAUUGCAGCAUGGAAAGGAACGCCUGUGAGUUCUUGUUCAAGAUGGCUGCUUUGGGCUCUGCAGUUCGUCUGCUGAGGAGACGUGGGAUUUUCAAGACUUCUCGGGCCUUUAGUUUGGGUUCUACCUCUCAUGCUUCAGUUGCUGUGGUAUUAUCUGGAAAUGGAGUUUUUGAUGGUGCAGAAGUUCAUGAGGCUUCAGCGGUGUUGGUUCACUUAAGCCGUGCUGGAGCUGAUGUUAGUAUUUAUGCACCAGAUAUUCCACAGAUGCAUGUCUUGAAUCAUGCUAAAGGAGAAGUUGCUGAGGGUGAGACACGGAAUGUUUUAGCUGAGUCAGCCAGAAUAGCUCGGGGAAAGAUCUCUUCUCUUGCCAACCUUGAUGCAGCUUCUCAUGAUGCUAUUGUUUUUCCAGGUGGAUUUGGAGUUGCAAAGAAUCUGAGUUCAUUUGCCGUGGAGGGUGCAGACUGUAAAGUUAAUGAAGAUGUUGCAAAAUCAAUCAAGGAUUUUCAUGCUGCCAAGAAACCUAUUGGUCUUUGUUGCAUUGCUCCAGUGCUGGCAGCCAAGCUCAUCCCAGGAGUCGAGAUAACAGUAGGCCAUGACAAGGAUGAUGGAGGCCGCUGGCCCUAUGCUGGCACUGCAGGUGCUGUGGAACAAAUGGGAGCUAAGCAUGUCAACAAAGAGGUCCACGAAAUACAUGUGGAUGAACAGAACAAAGUUGUCACAAAUCCUGCAUUUAUGUGUGAGACCAAAGUCCAUGAGAUCCAUGAUGGCAUCGGAAAGAUGAUAGAAAAGAUAAUGAAAAUGACAUAGAGAGCAAUCUAAAGAACUACAUCUCAGUUCUCUUGGCAGAAUUGGUUCCUUCAUGAAAAUGUACUGUUAGCAGGUGACAUUUCCUUGAACUGUGAAUGUUUACGCUGAAGCACUUGUCAUUUAAGAUACUGUAACAUAAAGGUAUUACUUAUAGUUUCAACGGAAACUGUUGGACUGCAGUGGCAAGCAAGUGAAACACUUAGCUAUUGCUCAACUUGAAGGUGAUAAAGGUAAAUUAACCACUAUGGUAGUUUGGGAAGCUGACAUUUUCAUUAGACUCUCUUCUUCAAAAAAUUGUUAUCAAAAUGGUGGCUUAUUAACCUCAAGUUAAUCAAUAUCAAAGUAUCUAAACAAAACAAGCCUUCUUGGCUGGCUGUUUUGUUGGUGUGCAAUAGGGAACUAUGCAGACCAAUCUAAAUCAUAGGUAGAUGUGUUGACUGCUGUAAAGAAGUUAGAUAAAAGGAAAGCUGUAACUUGGUAUGUUAUAAUAAAAAGUUCAGGUGUCCCCCUUUUAUGGAAAAAUAUAAAAAUCAAACUAUUAAAUGUGA